AGUACUGGUGUAAAUAUGACGGUGUACUGGUGUAGAUGUACCCCCACUAAUGGUGUACUUUGUUCGCCAGGUACGCGUAUCGUGUACACGGGCCAGUUCCUGAAGGCGCUGCGCGACUCGCCGCUGGCGCGCACGCCUCCGGCCGCCAUGUCGCACGUGCCGGGCGUGACCAAGCUGCCGGCGGACGGUGCGGCGCCGGGCGCCGCCGGCCAACGGUCGCCCGCUCACGAGGGCACCGAGCACGCCGCGCCGGCCGACAAGAACGACGGGGACGAUCCGCAGUUCGAGAUGGACAUGUAAUCUCCUCCGACCGGCCACGGAGGGCGGCGCUGCACCGCCGACAGCGCCACCUGUGAGCGCCAGCCGCAACCUACACCUGCGGCCGCCGCCGACAGGUGACACUGGGAGCGGCGGUCCGCUCUCGGCACAAAUCGGCGCCGCCGCGGACCGCCUGUGAUUCAGCUGUAAAUUGGCGGCGUCCGGACCCGGCCCGGGCCCGGGUCCGGACCGCGGCUGCAGGUGCCUUCCGCCGCUGACCGGGGCGCCGAUGCCAAAUGCAAUGGGACAGCCGGGGGCGGGCCCGUCCGUCUGUAUCGCCUUGUUGCCGUUUGACCGCGGCCGUGACAGCAGUUCAGUGAGCGUUCAGUUCCGUUCCGUUUCUCCUCCCUGCAGUGCGGACUCUGCCGGCGGGUGGAGCCUCAGUGACCGCGCCGGGCCUCCGCGAGGUCCCGGGAACUCUAACAGUCCGACCCGCCGCAGUGUGGUGACGUUUUACACAAUGUCAGUCAGUUUUAGACAGUCUUCCGCGCUAGGCGCCGCUCGGUUUCUCUCUGUGAGCAUGUGUUGCGGCAUUUCCUUUGGUUUGGCUGGUCCUUGUUUGGGUGCCGAUCGCGCCGUACCAGUUCGAUCCGGAUGGUGCUGGUGCAGUCCAGUCUGCCGGCUUCUGCUGCUAUGGUCGGGUCAGUGCAGGUUUCAGUCGGUUUGUGCCGGUAUGGUCUGCGCUGUACUGGUCACGGCUGGUUUGUACUGGUUUUGUCUGGUCUGUACCGGUGUGGUAUGGUUUGUGCGUGCGCCUUUGUUGCCCUGCGCUCGUCCUCGUCGCCUGGCUAGAGCUGAAGCCGACCUCUCAGCUUCUGACAGGCGCUCCAGCACUCAGCUGGCGACCGACCUCAAACGCCCAGUGACGUGGCUGUCGCAGCGCGGCAACCGGCCGCUGCUCUCACCCUGAGCCGUCCCCGCCAGUGCGGGAGGGCGAGGGUGGUGUGGGCGGCCGGGGCGCCGUCUCGGUGUCUGUCUCUCUGGCCGCCUGCGGUGGGUUAUAGUGUGUCUGUGCGGGCUGAUCGCCCAUAGUGUGCAGUUUGACGCAGCGCAACUGACCGCGCAGUUUGUGUCGGAAAUACAGGCGCCGGGCGCACAGUACA